AUGCCAUGGAUCUGGCUUACUCAUGGGAUCUCUUCGCAUGACAGCGGGGGGUUGCAAGACAUGGAUUUAGUACUUCGCGUCAAAUGGUGUAAGGCAAGGGCCCGACAUAACUGGUGGCAAGAAGAAAUACAGCUAUUACUGGUCGAGAUGGAGCACGUGUUGACUUUUCUCGCAUGGGAAGCCAGACAGUGGGACAAGCGAGCAACCCUUCGCAUGGUAGAGCGGUUAGAAUUUGUGGAAGGUCUGAUCACAUAUGAAAACCGCCAGGCUGCUAUCCAUCGUGCCUUGUCUACAAGCUUUUUGGGAAUGUGGAGGAAUGUGGGAGCCCUAGUAAGUGCAGGUUUGGAUGAUGGCGCAGAAGGCCAGCAGGAUGACAGACCUUCUAUUGAUGAACCCCCACAUGAAGAUGGACCUUCUAUUGAUAAACCCCCACACGAAGAUCUCGAUGGGGUUGAUUAG